UUCCGAAUUCUUUCUGGCAACAUUCACACCGCCACCCCUACCCCUCUAUUGCCUUGUUGUUGUUUCGAGUGUUAGUUAAUACGCAGUCACCAUGGGUGCGUACAAGUACAUGCAGGAGCUGUACCGCAAGAAGCAGAGCGAUGUGAUGAGGUUCAUCCUGCGUGUGCGCACGUGGAACCUGCGUCACCUCAACACCCUGCACAGAGCCCCCCAGUCCACACGCCCUGAGAAGGCCAGGCGACUCGGAUACAAGCACAAGCAAGGCUUCGUGAUUUACCGCGUGCGUGUGCGCCGCGGUGGUCGCAAGCGUCAGGUGGCGAAGGGUUGCACCUACGGCAAGCCCCGCAGCCACGGAGUCAACGAGCUCAAGCCCACCCGCAACCACCAGAGCAUUGCUGAGGAGCGCGCAGGGAAGCGCAUCGCAUCGCUGUCGGUGCUAAACUCGUACUGGAUCGCGCAAGACUCGACGUACAAGUACUACGAGGUCAUCAUGAUUGACAGGGCACACAAGGCUGUGCGCAGGGACCCCGCCAUCAACUGGAUCGUGUCAAGCAAGCACAACCACCGUGAGUUGCGUGGCCUGACCAGCGCUGGCAAGAAGCAUCGCGGUCUGGGCAAGGGCUUCAAGUACAACAAGACCAUCGGUGGCUCCCGCGCCGCUGCAUGGAAGAGGAGGAACACCUUGUCGCUGCGAAGAAGGCGUUAGAGGAAGCCAACCAUCUCCUCAUAAUAAAGAUCUUCUCGUGGAA